CAGCAGCAGAAGCAGCCCGUGCGCCCGCCUCCUCCUCCUCCGUGCGUAAAAACAUCGGCAUAAGCGACGCAUUUCGGCACAUUUGGCACAUUUUGGCGCAGCUGCUCUGUCCUCUCCGCCCGUGCGCCCGCGUUCGGCUCGUUACGCACGGAUCAUGGUGCUGUCCGCGUCGCAGCAGGUCGCUCUGGCGUUCACCGCGGUGCUGUUCACGUUCGUGGUUCUGCCCAGGAUGUUCGGGGUCGGCGGAGGCGGCGGAGGAGGAACCGGGGCCAAAGAUGCGCGUCUGGACUCCCGCUACAGCAGAAAAGGUCCAGGCCCGGGGGCAGUGAGAGGGAAUCCGAUCCACAUGAACUCUCCCGGAGCUCAGUCUGCGGAAAACAUCCAGAACAUGAAGAAGCUGAUGGAGCAGGAACUGAAGACAGACAAGUACAAGAGCAACAGCAACAAAGGCUACGUGUUCACGCUGAUGCCGCUGUACGCCAUCGGGGUCGGAGUGUUCGCCGCGUACAAGUUUCUCAAGAUAAAAUCUGCGGACGACCAGGCCCAGAAGGAGAAACUGGCCAAAGGGGCGAAGAAGUCCGUGGAGGCAGAAAACCAGUUGAACGAGCUGGAGCAGAGGCUGGCCCAGACCGAGCGCAUGUUAAACUCCAUCCUCACUCAGCUGGACCCGCUCACCAACUGUGUGAAGUCUGUGGCUCAGGAUCAGAAGAACGAGAUCAUGAACCAGCUGCAGACCAUCAGGUACCUGAUGAAGAAGAGAGGGAUGGACUGUCCUCCGCUCAACGUACAAGACGGCGCUUGUGAACGAAACCUGGACAGUCUGAUCGAGUCGUUGGGCUCCAAAGAGACUCCGGCGCGAAAAACCCCCACAAUGAUGCAGCCGAUCUCCGAGGAAACCGUCACGGAGGAGCAGGACCUGUGCGAAAAACCGCCCAAAACCGCAGAACGAGAAGAGGAAGAGGAAGAGGAGGGAGAGCAGACGGCUGAGGAGGAGCAGGAAGCGGCGGAGCUCAAACAGGAAGAGGCGGGGCUAGACGAGGACGAAGAGGAGGAGGAGGAGGAGGAGGACAUGCCUUUGCUGGAGGACGGCCGGGAAGCGAGUGUGGAGGAGAUCGGAGCGGAGCCAGCGUCCGGUCUGAGGCGACGUAACAGACCAGAGUGAACUGUGGAAUAUAGAGUUAAAUUAUGAAUAUUUAUUACUUUUAAAUUGUCUUUAAAAUUCUAAUAUUUAUCUGAUUUCACUGAUUUCGCACAGAGAGAAGUUUGACUGAAAACAUGACACAUUUAGUGAAGGAGAAGUACGAGGUAUCGCGGUCAUUUUGGAUGUCAGGAUUAUUUGGUUAAAGGUGCUGUACCUGAUUUUUACCAGUGCACUAUGUAACUUUUCGAGUGGGGUCCGUCACCCGCUUGUUUCUAUGGAGAUGUCAUUGCUCUGCCUGGAAUGUUCCACAAUUCCCACAUUUACACGAGAGCUUUAAUUCUGAAUAAAAAUUAAUUCCGCUUUAAAAA